AUGAGAAGGGGCACUCGCAGCUGUACUGCAUGCCGCCGUCGAAAAGUCCGCUGUUCAUAUCCCUUGGGCCAGACUAGCAAGUGCGUGCAUUGUGUUCGACGGGGGUCGACUUGCGUGCCGCAGGGAGAGGAUAUAGAUGUAGAUAUUGAAGUACCGGCUAGCGCUGAAACAAUUGAACUGGCUGAAGAGAGGGAGAGGUCUGAACAUGAAGAGGCGUUUUUCGAGGCGUUGAAAGAAGUGCGGCAGAGUGUCGCUGGGUUAUCUGCAAGGGAACCGGGAGGACGGGAUACUAGGAGAUCGGAAUCAUUGGAAAAUGACUGUGCACCAAUUAUCAGGCUUUUCAAUCAUGAAUUAAUCGGCGGCGCUCGACGACAACCAACACCCAACACAACACAUCCAACCCCAUCAAAGCAACACCUCACAGCUCUAAAAGCCCUCACCCACGCCCUACCUCCCGACUCAGAAGUAACGUACAUAUUUCACCAUCGUACCGACUGGUGGCCAGCAUGGCGCGAAUCCUUCGGUCUCCUCUGGGGCGACCAAGAUGACACAACCCUCCCAUCCUUCGCAACCCGCGCCAUUCGCACAGCCCAUCCUUCCCUCCUGGGUACACUCUUACUCUGCCUCGCGUUGAGCACGGGCGAGCAUGCGCGGUACAUCCCGGUAGUAGAGCAGUAUAUUCUCAACGACGACGAGCUGGCUUCCGGCAAGUACGGUUUUCAGUGUCUGAUGGCGUUGGGGUUAUGUCUGCUUAGUUCAUUACAGCCGCGUCGUGCGUGGACGGUAUACAGACGUGCUAAUACACUGCUGCAACUACACGGUAUUCAUCGACGACAUAGGGAGAAUGCGAUGUUGGACUCGCUGUUCUGGCAGCUAUUCGCGGCGGAUCGGUGGGCGAGUUUGUUAAUCGGGUUACCGUAUUCCGUCCCCGAGGCGCUGUGCGAUUUGUACAUCCCGUCGGCUCCGGGCGUGGAUGGGAUUACGGCCGUGGACUAUCAUUACCGGCAUCUUAGUAUCCUAACAAGAAGAGUUAUCGAUUGUCUACAAUCACUUCAAGGACCAUCGCUUUCCAGCGCCGUGUCUGUCGAGGAGCGCAUUGAUGAAGUCACAGGCCAUCUACCACCCGGAUACGUGGAUCUGUCCCAGCUAUCUAUAUGUCCAAAUUACAAGGAAAAGUACACGCGCGCGUUCCGACUGGCAAAUAUCCACCAACUCAAAGCAUUUUUGUAUCUUCCGUUCUUCCUCAAUUCCCCGGCACACGAGCACGGAUAUGAUAGACAAGGCUACGGCCGGACAAUCUGUGUUCACAGCGCGAGAACACUACUAGAAGCAUAUCUGGUACUCUACGAAAGCGACCCGGAUGCAACGAGUAUUGACAAUGCCUUUAAACUCUCGUCUCUUACCGCGCUCACCGCUGUAGUUAUCGUGUUUUUGGAUUUAAUCGGUGAGCGGCAUACGAGUCAGAACCAAGAUCAGAGGAACGGGCAUGGGUACGAUGAGGCCCUGAUUAACAGGACGAUCACAGCACUCAGGGGCUGUGCUGCGGGGAUGCCGGGGUCGUUAUGUGGACAGUGCUGUACGGCUUUGGAGACGUUGUUGGAUAACACUCGAGCUGUGGGGAGGGGGAGGGGGAGGGGGGAGAGGAAGGAGGUGAGGAGGAUUGUUGUGCCAUAUUUUGGGGUGGUUUCUAUUGAGAGGAAAAAUGGCCGGGGAGCUGCAGGGACUCAUGAUGGAAAUGAGAUAGCAGUAACAAAUGAGGAAGUGGGCUUUAAUGGAAACGGAUUGGAUCUGGUGUUAGAUGAUUUGCUCUGGGCGUAUCAAGGUCCAUGGAUGGGUAAUGAUAUGGGAGUCCUGCCAGAAGAGGCAAACUCCUAUGCUACAUUCGACUUGACAAACGACUUCUGGCAGCCGCAAUGA